UGAUAAAAAUAGCGAGACAUUUAUGGUUAUAUUUCAUCAUGCUUUAUACAUAAUCAUCUCUCUGAUAUGGCAAUAUGAAUGCGAGAAGCCAGGUGUUUGAACUUUCCGUAGAGGGAAGACAGAUAGAGGAAGUGGUCAGCAGUGUAUUUCAUACUCUGCUUCUCCAUCGAACUCUUGGCAAGUUCCAUUACAAACAAGAAGGAAGUUACUCUAUAGGCACAGUGGGUGUGGUUGAUGUCGACUGUGACUUCCUUGACUUCACUUAUGUGCGAGCUGCAUCAGAGGACCUGGACUCCUCCAUACAGAGGGAGAUUGGUACCUUUAGGGAUACGUUAAGGGAGGGUCCUGGGUGUGGCCAGAUCUCCUUGGAAUUUUAUCAGAAGAAGCGGGCACGAUGGCCAUUUAUGGCGGAGUGUAUACCUUGGGAGGUGUGGACUAUUAAACUAGAAACACUGACCCUGGCAAAUGAGAAUGAGAGACAAGUAUGUAGGGAAAAGCUGGGUGAAAUUCUCGCUGAGAAGGUGAUGCAUGUAGCAGAAGCCAUGAAUCGCCAUGAAUAUGUCCCCAAAAUGCCUAACCAAUCCGAGCUGGACCUGAUAUUUGACACAAGUUACAGAGAUGUUCAACCCUACCUAUUCAAGAUUUCCCAUCAGACGACAGGACCAAUGCCCACCUCUGUAGGAACUACAAUGAGAAAGCUUCUAAAAGACACGCUAGCUCUAGACUUAUGAUGACAACCUGAAACAUAGUGUUAAUAUCACUCAGUGCUUCAGUUUGGUCAUCAGAAAUAACCAAGUCUGAACUGGUCAUCUGAAGGGAAUAUAUAGUACAGCAUUAAGUUUAUCAGUCUGAUGAUCUGGGAAAAGAACUUUGUGGAACAUCACCAGCAGAUGUGACUGUUGCAGCACCAUCAAAGGCUUUGUGUGGCAGUGCAGGUUAUCGUUUCAGUGUCCACACCGCAGAAUUUACAACUCAUUGUUGUAUUUUAUACAACUCAAGUCGACAGCUCUUAGGAUGUAGACAUUGGCAUUAACCAAAUAUUCCAGAGAAAGUUGACAUUUUGAUUUAUGAAGGACUUGUGUUUCUGCUAUAAAAUAAUUGCUUGAUAUUAUUCAUAUGUAAUGGAUAUUGGAUAAAGUACAUGGACAGAAGAAGUACUGCAUGGACAGAAGAAUCAGAGAUGUUGUUGAAAUCAAUAAGGUUUCAAUAGUCCUGUACAUUUAACCCUAUGUUGAAGUCUUGCCAUUGAAUGAGAGUCGAGAAUGGAGAAUAUCUUUAUUGCUUGUGUGUGUGUGUAUAAACAAAAAGAUAACGACUAAAUGAAAUAUCAUAAGGAUCAAUGGCCAAUUCAAUAAGUAAUUAUUUAAACAGGAGAAAUGAUUAAAGUCCAGGUUCUUAUGAUAUGUUCAUGAUGUAGAAUCAUGAUAAUAGAUUGGUGAUCCAACACUCUGUAUGUCGAACUCUGUGGUAGUCUCCUAGAAUGGAUCUGUAAUCGGUUCAAUAGAGUUCCUCUCUCAGAGUGCUUUGAUUCCUUUGUUCUAUUUCCAUGAUGUAGAAUUCAUGACACUAAGUUCUAUGAUGGUUUCGAGAAAAGACAAAAUAUUUCAUAACAUAGCUUUUUUUAAAAUGCAUAUGUAUUCAUAUAUUUAAGGUGAAGGUAACUUUUAUCGUGCAUUAAUUAAGUGAUAUUUGAAUAUGUUGGUGGAGUUACUGUUUGUUCUCACAUAUAUAAUUUAGACAGAGAAAGACAUGAUACUCAUUUUGCCAAAUGUCAAAAGUGCACAUGCCUGUGUGUUCAUGCAAGUUGUUUUUAUUUUAGUUGAGUAAUUGUGUAUAAAAUGUCAAAUUAUGAUGUGAUAGAUUUGUGUGGAAAGUAAUAUUGUAUAAAUGACAAGGAAAGAGUGAAUGUUAUUAUUUAUAGUGAUGAGAACUGUAAAAGAAGCAAUAUAUCUAUCAUGGUAUGUAGGGCUAGGGUGAAGAUUCUACUGAUGAGAAGAUUGGUAGAUAAUGAUUUAUACCUAUGAGUGACAAGACCCGAGUGAAAAUUAUUUGUAGAAUUGAUCUCAAUUGCUUAAGUUGGGACAUAUAAAUACUUGUAUUAUACAGGUAUAGAAAUGUUUCAGUGAUCCAUUCUUCAUAAUUUCAUGAUAACUUCACUAAUUAUCUACCAAAAAUAACUGAUGAGUACUGUUAAUAAUUUGAUAUAUUGUCUAUAAAACUCAUGAUGUGUGUUAGCUGUAUCCAGGUAUAUACAGGUAUAAACUACAUAUAAAGCUGCCAAGGCUAUAUAAUACUAACUCGUACAUACAAUUACUGUACUCCAUAGUACGUACAAUUACUGUACAAACUAGUACAUACAAUUACUGUACUACAUAGUACAUACAAUUACUGUACUACAUAGUACAUACAAUUACUGUACUACAUAGUACAUACAAUUACUGUACUCCA